UGUACAUCAGUUUACAGCAUAUAAAAUGCAAAAUAGUGUUGAGAAAUUCAAAAUCAUAUUUCUUUCAAUUGUUCUAUUUAUUUUAUUUUUUCUGUAUGCAAGUUCUAACCAUAAAAUUAUAAAAUUUUUUGAAAAAAAUGAACGAAAAUUAAAGUUGGAUAAAAGUAAAGCUCCCGACGAAGACACAUUUGUGGAAAAUAUCAUCCAGGAUAUACCGUAUUUACCGAUUGAAAAUUUGAAUAAUCCCAAACAUACAAGUCGUAAUUUCAACAGUUCAUGUGCUUGGUAUCCGAGAUUGUACGAUGUCAAAAUUCACAAUGACUAUUGGCAAGAGUUUAAUAAUCGCAAUAUUUCUUAUUAUAUAUUUGGUGCCUAUUUAGAUAAUAGACCCAGUGUGGUACAAAAGAAACCAGUUGUUCGCGUACUUGCAAUGAUUAACUUUUUAGGACAGAAACCCGAAGAUUAUCCGAUGACCUACUGUCAUCUGUGGUAUGAUGAACAAAGCCAACCGUUUGUGAUACCUAUGAAAGAAAUGACUAAGCUCUGGUACUACGAGUGGGGUAAUAGUCCCGUUUAUAAUUAUGCCCAUUUUAUAAAUUGUCCUCUACCAGAGGAACAUAAGAAUUGGAUACCACGUUCUGUAUCAUUAGUGGCUGAACCCUGUGACAAGGCCACCAAUAACGUGAGAGUUACCUAUCAACCAUUGUUUCCAAACGAAAAAAGGAAAGAGUUUGCUGUAUGCGUCAAAGGCUUAGAUUAUCCCCAUGUAGAUAUCUCACACCGCAUAGUGGAAUACGUCGAAACUAUGCGUUCUUUGGGUGCAGAAAAAAUACUAAUGUAUCAGUUGCAAGUACAUCCAAAUACUACAAAAGUUUUGAAAUAUUAUGAAGAUACAGGAUUUCUUGAAUAUAGGCCCAUGAGUUUAUCGACUGCUGUAAGCAACUUGCACGACUAUCGUCAUUUAGAAAUUAAAAAGAAUGGUUGGUCCUAUAUUCUACAUGAAGUGAUACCUUACAAUGAUUGUUUGUAUCGCAAUAUGUAUCGUUAUAAAUAUGUAGCUGUACAAGAUACAGAUGAGGUACUUAUGCCUUUGGGUAAUAUCACCAAUUGGCAUGAUUUAAUGGAAUUUGGUGAAAACGUCACUGAGGAAAAUUGUAAAAAAUUUGCCAGUUUUUGUUUUCGCUGCAUUUAUUUCCCCCGCUAUCCCCAAAAGCCGCGUUACACCAAUGAUAUUCCUGAAUAUUUUUAUAUGUUGCAGCAUGUGGAACGGGUAAAGGAACACAUUAGACCCGACUGGGCUACAAAAUGUUUACAUAGUACUGAUCGUGUCAUAGGCACUCAUAAUCAUUUCCCAUUUCACUGGGCGUCGGAUGUGUGUGGUAGUUAUUCAUUUGAUGCCGAUGUUGCACAAUUGCAACAUUAUCGUGAACCCGAUAUUAAAGAGACUCUAAAUGAUCCUGUUGUGGACUUAAGUUUGUGGCGAUUUAAAGAUGAAAUAAUAGAGCGCUCAACGCAGGUCUUAGAGGAACUGAACUUUUUUGAGGAUGAUUAAAAUGAUAAGGCUGUCGAUAUGUUAAGAAAACUGUUUUUAAAGGUUUAGGAAAAUUAAUUUAAUUAAAAGUGUUAUUUG